GACUCAGCGGGAAUCAGAUUGAGGGGAACUUCUCAGCCUUCAGGGAGCCCCUCAAGUCACACCCUGAAUUCUCUCUUGCAGGGAAUACCAACAGCAUCUUUGCCCUGGACUACAUCAGUGGGGCACUGACCUUGAAUGGCCUGCUGGACCGGGAGAACCCCCUGUAUAGCCAUGGCUUCAUCCUGACCGUGAAGGGCACAGAGCUAAAUGAGGACCGCACCCCAUCCGACGCCACAGUGACCACAACCUUCAACAUCCUGGUGAUUGACAUCAAUGACAACGCCCCAGAGUUCAACAGCUCUGAGUACAGCGUGGCCAUCACUGAGCUGGCACAGGUUGGCUUUGCUCUGCCCCUCUUCAUCCAGGUGGUAGACAAGGACGAGGCACCAAUCCAGUACCUCCGGCCUGGACAGCCGUCCCCUGUGUGUGUGGGCCUGGAAAGGUCCCUUCCACGUAAAGCUUGCUGUUCGGCCACACCCACAGGCACCUAG